UUUUUCUGGCGAUUACUCUAUGUUUGGUUGAGGCAAACAACACUUCUCGACGUCAAGACUUCCUGCGAGUUCUUCCUUGCAAAGAACAGCUAGCUAGAGUCUAGAACGAUUGUACGGAACUGUUUCAGACUGAGGCCCGUAGUGAGGGUCUGUGCGGGAACCGUGGUAUUGUUCACCUCGCCUUAUGAUAAUCAGAUUUUUUCCUGUAGGGCUGCUAUCUAGCGUAGCUCUAUGAGCUGUGUGUCGAUAAAAGGCAUCGUGGCUGACAUCUUCACCCAAUUUCGUUCUUAGAAAAUAGGGAAAAUAGCGAGCUGGAGGUUGAAGUUUUGUCUGUGAUUGCUGAAACAUGAAAUACAAGACGAUCCGCGAAGGCCAGCAGGGCCUGGUGACAAAUCACCUUGGCGAGAGUCUUGUGGUGGCUGGGCCUUGUCGCUUGUUCCUCUAUCGUGAGCGGAUACGAAUGCUGAAUCGUAUUACGGCGUCGCAGUUGCAGUACCUGAUGAUCCGACACAAGGAUGGCGAAGUGGAGCAUCGUCCCGGACCAUGCGAGCUGUUUAUCAACCCGCUAGAACACGAAACGGUCAAGGCAAUAGACAUGAUCUCCCUGGAUGCAAACCAGAUGUUAGUCGUGUAUAACCAGAAGGAAGGUAACAUCCAAAGGCGCAUUGUCCAAGGUCCUAUUCUGUUUGCACCUACUGCACACGAAUGGCUGCACGAGUUUAAGUGGCAUGGAUCUGACCCCAACAACAAGGCGCGUAUGAUUCCUGGCAAGGAUGUGUUCAACAAGUUGAGGGUUGUCCCGCAGCACUUUUACUACAAUGUUAACGAGGUACGGACAAAGGAUGAUGUCACUCUGCGCGUCAAGCUGAUGAUCUUCUAUGAGCUACGCGAUGUGGAAACCAUGCUGGUGCAGACGCAUGACCCGAUUGCUGACUUUGUCAAUGCUGUUUGCUCGGACGUCAUUGCCUUCGCUGCAACCAUCACCUAUGAGAAGCUUCUGAAGCAGACUUCAGUGCUUAGCAAGCUCUCGACCUAUUCACAGUUAAUGAGACGUAGCAAGCACAUUGGUUUUGAAGUUACCAAGGUGGUGUACCGAGGCUACCAUGCGGCGGAGUCCCUACAAACCAUGCAUGACAAGGCCAUCCAGGCACGCACUGAGCUGAGGCUCAAUACCGACUUGGAGGAAAUGCGGCAGAAGUGCGAGCAGAUGAAGCUCAGUAAAGAGGUUGAUCGUGUCGAGAAGCAGCAGCAGAAACAAGAGGCAGAGGCACAGCACAAGCAUGCUCUUGAACGGACCAACGCAUCAACGCAGAGGCAGUGUGCAGAGAUACUUCACCGUGCACAGCUGGAGAAAGAGGCACUCUGGGAUCAGGCUCGUCUUGACGCUGCCAAGGGUGCCAAGCAUGCAGACUUGGAGUACUUGAAAGGGCUGAAGGAUCUUGGCGUUGAUCUCACUCGUUACUUGGUGCGCAAGCAAUCCCGUAAUGCUGUGGAUGAAGAGGUUGAGAUUUCCGCAGAGCAGUGAAUAGCUGUGAGCCGGGCCAAUAGUAAAUGAGUCAUGCCCUGGCGAACAACAAGAUCCGUAUGAUUCUGAAAUGCUCUGCUGCAUUAUUAGAAUAACUGUGAAAGAGUUAGCUACUUUAGUUAUCUUCACUAGUUUGAGUUAUAAAAAACUAUUCAUAAGUUUGAAGGAGUUGACUUAAAAACAGGUACAGAAAUGUGUGUAAUAUUAUUUUGUGUGUUCACGGUUUGGUUGUUUGGCGUUAGUCCUCGCGAAAGUGUCAUGAAUGUUACUCCUCACUGAUUAUAGUUCAACGUUUUUUUUUAAGCCAUUUCCCAUUUGAGACGUUGUAGACACUUUCUCACCCUUGUAGCGUGAUGUUUCAAUCAUAUCUUACCUACUUAGAGCUACUGUAUUUUAUUUGCUGCUUGACCUUUUUCUUUUUCCCAUACUACGAGAAGGGAGCGGAAACGUUCGGUUCUGAAACUGUAGCUCUACAAGAUUGCCGCGGAUUGUAUCGACGCAUACACAUACACAUACACAUACACAUUCAAAAUUAAACUUUCCUACUUCGAAGUAUUAUGUAGGGUGACUCAGCGUGACACACAAUCAAUGCCGUGUUUUGCUUCACCUGGAUGCAGGGUAGUUAGCCAGUGAGUAUACUGACUGAUUUGUAGGAAAGACUCACUAAACUGUUAUGGUGGUAUGACUAUUGUUAUCUCCCUUUACUUGCAUCUAGUGGCAUAAUUGAAUUAUGCUUGCAAGCAGCUUUUUUUUUAAUUGCAGUACACACAUGAUUAUGUAGUACUCUUUCCUGCGGUGUAUGGAGUUGAUGAGCCUGAGCUCCUAGGGCUAACGUUUUUGGAAUGUGGUUUCAUUCUACUUGCAUAGAAGCUGACCAAGCCUAGCAGUUCAAUCAAGUCAAGAUCAUUGAAUAUUUCAACUGCACGUGUUACCCCACUAAUUUGCAUCGCAGCAAAUAUAGUCAUGUACAUGUACGUGAAGAGUGGAUUAUACUCAGUGGACCGUCAA